AUCUAAAGGGGAACCACUCUGCUAAAAAACAUUGACUACUCGGAAAUUUCUAGAAAAAUCAUUAAUUUGUGGAUCUUUUCUUUAGAAAAGAGGACAGUUCUUAGAAAGUAGAUCUAGAAUCUAGAGUCUAAAUAGAUUAGAUCUAGAUCUAUAUCUAUCUAGAUUUAGAAAAUCUAUUGAAAUACCUUCUUUAUUGAGAAUAGAAAGACAAAAUCAUGUCGACAGAUUUAGACGAGCUUAAACAAGACAUAGCAGAGUAUGAGCUCUUACACAAGUCUGCUAAACGACCAAAAGUUCAGGAAAAUCUUUUAAAAGAAAUUGAUAGACUUAAAAGAGACAUCCUAACUUUGGAAGCAAAAGCUGCCUUAGCAAUAAAAGGUAUUGAAGAAAAGACAUGCACAGCAGAACAUUCAGCAGGAUAUGAAGAAAACAUAACUAAUUAUGCCUGGGACCAGUCAGACAAAUUUAUGAAGCUGUAUCUGACUCUUGGUGGUCUUGAUUCUAUAACAGAGCAAAAUGUACAGACAAGUUUUACUAACAAGUCAGUUACUGUUAAAGUCAGAUUUCAAAAUAAAAUCAGUACAUUGCACAUUGCAAAGUUAUGUGAAGAAAUUGUACCUAAAGACUGCUAUUGUAAGAAAAAGUCUGAUUAUGUAUUGGUAAUGUUAAAAAAGUCAGAGCCUGGCAAAACUUGGCCAUGGGUUACAGAACGGGAGAAAAAGAUAAAAGAAAAAAACAAGCCAAAAUUUGAUGACACAGAAGACCCAAGUGUUGGAAUUACAAAAUUACUAAAAAACAUGUAUGAUGAGGGAGAUGAUGAAAUGAAACGCACAAUAUCCAAAGCUUACUAUGAAUCACAAAUGAAACAAAAUAAAGAACCUUUUGGGGAUUUAUAAUUCCGAAAUAACAAUAGUUAUUCAACUUUAACUUUAAUGUUUUGUUAGCAAGCCAAUUUUAUUGUUACUAAUGCAAUAUGCAGCCUUUUUGUUUUCUUAAAUACAUCACAUCAAAACUCAUUAUUGAUGGCAUAUCAAUUUUAUAAAACUUGCAAAACUGUCACCAUUACAAAUUUAUUUCUGUUAAUUGAAAAUUGGUUUUUGAUACGUAGGUAUUUAUUUCAUACGAAAUACUUACUGAAUUUAAUUGGUGGAGAAUUGAUUUUUCUCAUUACAAUAAACAAAAUAUGUAGCCUA